AUCCCAUAGACAUUGCGAAUGUGCAGGUUGAGAUACCCAAAUCUUGUCCGAUAGAUCAUUUAAAUGAACCGGAAGUUGAAAGUUUGAAAAUAUUGAAAUUAGAUAAGAAAACGCCGCGUAGAGUUAUCAGGCCAAAAGUGUUGAAGAAUCAUGAAUCGAGGGAGUAUUUGUAUGAUCGUUUGUAUGACGAUACCUGCCCGAGAGUGUCUACAUUAUGCAACGAAAAAACAUGUCUGGGGAGUUUGAUGGCGAUUCCGGGUCGUGGAGACAUACCAAGGGAGCCAGAAGAAGUUCUAAAUGAUGCUAAGGAUUUCCUCGGACAGUACUUUGCCUCAAUACGAAGAGCUAAUACUCCAGCUCAUGAAGCGCGGUGGGGUACUGUGCAAGAGGAAGUGGCGAAGACAGGGACAUAUCAACUAACCACAACUGAGCUGGUCUUCGGAGCCAAGUUGGCAUGGAGAAAUGCAAGUCGAUGCAUUGGCAGAAUACAAUGGUCCAAGUUACAGGUCUUCGACUGUCGGCAAGUGACAACCACGAGUGGCAUGUUCGAAGCGCUCUGCAAUCAUAUUAAAUACAGCACAAAUAAAGGAAACAUAAGAUCAGCAAUAACGCUAUUCCCACAACGUACAGACGGAAAGCAUGACUACAGAAUAUGGAACAGCCAGCUUAUCAGUUACGCUGGUUAUAGACUACCUGAUGGCACGGUUUUAGGGGAUCCCAUGCAUUGCGAAUUUACUGAGCUUUGUUUGAAACUGGGAUGGAAGCCACCACGCACAGCGUGGGACAUUUUGCCUCUAGUCCUUUCUGCGAAUGGGAAGGACCCUGACUACUUCGAAAUACCCCGAGAACUUGUUAUGGAAAUACACAUGACUCAUCCAUCGUAUGAAUGGUUUGAAGAUCUCCAACUUCGCUGGUAUGCCCUGCCAGCCGUGUCGAGCAUGAGAUUCGAUUGUGGCGGCAUAGAGUUCACCGCAAACGCCUUCAAUGGAUGGUACAUGAGCACUGAAAUUGGAUGCCGAAACUUCUGUGACUCUAAUAGACUGAAUAUGUUAGAGAAAGUGGCUGAAAAAAUGGGUUUAGACACGCGGACUCCAGUGAAUCUAUGGAAGGACAAAGCGCUAGUAGAAGUGAAUGUGGCUGUCCUACACAGCUUCCAACAACACAACGCGACCAUUGUAGAUCACCACACUGCGUCCGAGAGCUUCAUUAAACAUUUAGACAAUGAAAAUCGCCUUCGAUCUGGAUGUCCAGCUGACUGGAUAUGGAUCGUACCACCAAUGUCGUCUUCGAUCACGCCAGUAUUUCACCAAGAAAUGGCGCUCUACUAUUUGAGACCUUCCUACGAGUAUCAGGAGCCGGCGUGGAAGACACAUCAAUGGCAGAAAUCAAAGCCGAUUACUGGCAAACGGCCCAUCAAUAGAAAGUUCCACUUCAAGCAGAUCGCGCGCGCUGUCAAGUUCACCUCCAAACUGUUUGGCCGGGCCCUCUCUAAGAGGAUUAAGGCCACGGUCUUGUAUGCCACUGAGACUGGCAAAUCGGAGCAGUAUGCCAAAGAGUUGGGUGUAAUAUUUGGUCACGCGUUUAAUGCACAGGUUCACUGCAUGAUGGAUUAUGACAUCACCUGUAUCGAGCACGAAGCUCUAUUGUUAGUCGUUACGUCAACCUUUGGUAAUGGAGAUCCCCCUGAAAAUGGAGUGGCCUUUGCGGAAAAUCUUUGUGAGAUUCUGUAUGCUGAUCAGGUUGGAGAUGAAAGCACUGGGACAUCACAAAUGCUGACACCCAAGUCCUUUAUCAAAGCGAAUAGUCAAAUCGAAAUGCAGAGAUACGCAGUAACUAAUCCUAAACAAUUGAGUAGAUUGGAAUCUCUUAAAGGAAGUGCAACGGAUGCCACCUCAAUCGAUAGUUUUGGUCCACUUAGCAAUGUUAGAUUUGCAGUAUUUGCUCUUGGAUCGAGUGCUUAUCCAAACUUCUGUAACUUUGGCAAAUAUGUAGAUAAACUACUUGGAGAUCUAGGUGGAGAGAGGAUCCAUGAUGUUGCUAUGGGGGAUGAAAUGUGCGGACAAGAUCAAGCGUUUAGGAAAUGGGCGUCUAGUGUUUUCAAUGUUGCAUGUGAAACAUUCUGUUUGGAUGACGAUGAAACUCUACAAGAGGCUAAACGAGCUCUCGGUACUGUUACUUUAAGUGAAGAAACCGUAAGAUUUGCAUAUCCAGCUGUUAAACCACCAACACUACAAAACGGCUUACAAUCCGCACUAAAUAGGCAAUUGGUCACAUGUACUGUAAAAGCUAAUAAAGAUUUAGGCGACGCUACCGCUGAGAGAUCAACAAUUUUCAUUGAUCUGGAACCCAAGAGUGAAAUUAAGUAUGACCCAGGAGACCAUGUUGGAAUAAUCGCGUGCAAUCGAAUAGAAUUAGUAGAUAAUUUAUUAGCUAGGUUGACGGAUAUUGAUGAUUUCGACAUUCCAGUACAGUUGCAACUUAUGAAAGAAACACAUACUUCAAGUGGACCAGUUAAAUCAUGGGAACCACACGAGAGACUACCAGCUGUAAGCGUUCGCGAUUUGUUUACGAGAUUUUUGGAUAUAACAACACCACCCACGACGAUACUGCUUCAAUAUUUAGCUAAAACAUGUGAUAAUGAUACAGAAAGGAAACAACUUAAUACAUUAGCUACGGACCCAGCGGCCUACGAAGAUUGGCGCCAUUAUUACUUUCCAACGUUGUCUGAAGUUCUGGACCAGUUUCCUUCAGUGAAACCUCGGGCCUCUCUUCUCGCGGCUCUUCUAUCGCCUCUUCAACCACGAUUCUACUCAAUAUCCUCUUCUCCAAUAGCUCAUCCGAAACGACUGCAUCUUACAGUUGCUGUUGUAACAUAUAGGACUCAAGACGGUGAAGGACCUGUCCACUAUGGUGUUUGCUCGAAUUAUCUCAUGGAUCGUAAACCAGGCGACGAGGUUUAUCUCUUCAUACGAAGUGCUCAAAACUUCCAUUUGCCCCAAGAUCUGUCAGUUCCUCUUAUACUAAUUGGGCCCGGUACUGGAAUAGCACCAUUUCGAGGCUUUUGGCAUCAUCGUAGAGCAUUGUUGAAUUCUCGAACACGCGCAAACGCUGGUGCUGUAUGGUUGUUCUUCGGAUGUAGGACCAAGACUAUGGAUUUAUACAGAGAAGAGAAGGAACAAGCGGUAAAGGACGGGGUCUUGUCUAAAGUAUUCCUUGCUUUGUCACGAGAGAAGAAUAUUCCAAAGAUGUACGUUCAAGAACUAGCUGAAAACGAAGGAGCAGAAAUCCAUGAUUUGCUUAUAAACUCCGGAGCCCAUUUCUACGUAUGUGGAGAUUGUAAAAUGGCGGAAGAUGUCCAUCAGAAAUUAAAAGGAAUUAUCAAGAAACAUGGUAACAUGACUGAUGAGCAAGUACAAAACUUCAUGUAUAUUUUAAAGGAGGAGAAUCGUUACCACGAAGACAUAUUUGGAAUAACUCUUCGUACUGCGGAAGUACACAGCGCGUCCCGAGAAUCUGCAAGAAGAAACCGCGUCGCUGCUCAACCCUGACGCCGGUCUUCCCGUAUGAUCUCAAAUUAUGAAACCUAGCAAAACCAACAACUUGUUAAACAGUGAGAAAAUAUGUAUUAAUACUAAUAAAAACGAAAGUUUAUACCAACUUCAGAUAAAUGGAACAUUGACGUUGGAACAAAAAACAUAAAUUGUAAUUCUCAAUUAUAACUUUACAUAUGCUUUGUCUCGACUCUUGAUGCAUUGAUAUAUACCUACCUACCUUCGCGCAAAUUACGCUAGCGCAAAAUUGUCUUUAAUUAAAUUUUCGCUUGUUUUUACAAAGUAACAUUGCGAUAAAACUUUUGAAUGCUUUAUAAUCAAUCACUUUAAUAAAUAUAUACUUUAAUCGAUACAAGUGAAUUGGCCUAAUUGCAGAAUAAAAAACUGAUAUGAAAAUUUAUAGCAUAUUCGGAUAUUGUUUUCGUUUAUUAAAAAUUUUAAUGAUUGAAGUCAAUUGUACUUUUUAAAGCUUAAUAAUUUUGAUUAAAACGAGGUUGUGUAUUGUAAAUAGUUAUGUUCACCGAUUGAA